UUCCUGGUUAGCAAAUUAUCGUUAAGUUGUUCCUACUGAUAUCCUAGAAACGAUCGUUGUUGAUAACGACCACAGUGGCCAAAUAUCGUGCCACAUUUCUUAUGCAGUGGCGUGAGUUGUCGCUAUUGAACAGUUUUCACUUUCCGAUAAUAACAGGACAGUCACAAACCGCCCGUGGCGUGUAAACAGUCUAUGCGUUCGCUCAUCAUUUAGUCCGUCUUACGCAUUCAUUAUUUUCAUAUAUUUUUACUUAGUAUUACUUAUGUGACCUGGAAAAUUUGCUAAUUAAAUCAAUUUUUCUUCAAAUAUUUGUAUUUCGUUGGUUUACUCACAAAGUGUUAAUUGUGUUUAUAACCAACCGGUAUCGCCGACAAGUAUCUACGCAUCAAACUUGCAAUCUUUGAUAAUAAAACCAUCAUUUACAGUGUUUAGUUAACUCAAAAUGUCUGCAAAAGCAAUUAGCGAAGCUACUGGAAAAGAUAUAAUUAACAGAAAUUUGGCACCAUUGACAUCUGCAGCAAAAUGUCGAUUUGCUUCUGUCAAUGAAAAUACUAAAUGGGAGGACUUGCUUAUUGACAAUCCCUGGCUUAAAACUGAAAGCUUAGUAGCUAAACCUGAUCAAUUAAUAAAACGUCGUGGAAAGUUAGGUCUAAUCAAAGUGAAAACUGAUUUUACGGAUGCUAAACAAUGGAUUUUAGAACGCUUGGGCAAAAACCAACAAAUUGGUCGUGCUAAUGGAAAAUUAAAAAAUUUUAUUAUUGAACCUUUCAUUCCUCAUAAACCUGAAGAAGAAGCAUAUGUAUGUAUUUACUCACAUCGUUAUGCCGAUACAAUAUUAUUUCACCAUGAAGGUGGUGUUGAUAUUGGUGAUGUUGAUGCUAAAGCAUUAAAACUUGAAGUUCCAAUUGGACAAAAUGUAACUGAAGAUCAAAUUUUGGAAAAACUUCUAAUAAAAGUCAGCCCUACUAAACAAAAAACAAUUGCAACAUUUAUAGUUGCAUUAUACAAAAUGUAUGUGAAUCUUUACUUCACAUAUUUGGAAAUCAAUCCAUUAGUGGUGACAGACAGUGCUAUAUAUAUAUUGGAUUUAGCUGCUAAAAUAGAUUCUACUGCAGAUUUUGUAUGUCGUUCAUCAUGGGGAGAAAUUGAAUAUCCACCUCCAUUUGGACGCGAUGCAUACCCAGAAGAAGCAUACAUAGCUGAUUUAGAUGCUAAAAGUGGAGCUUCUCUUAAGUUAACAAUAUUAAACAAAAAAGGGCGUAUUUGGACUAUGGUUGCUGGUGGUGGUGCUUCAGUUAUUUAUGCAGAUACUAUUUGUGAUUAUGGUGGUGCUAGUGAAUUAGCUAACUAUGGUGAAUACAGUGGAGCUCCUUCUGAACAGCAAACUUAUGAAUAUGCUAAGACUAUUUUGAGUUUAAUGACUCAAGAAAAACAUCCUGAUGGAAAAGUUCUUAUUACUGGAGGAGGCAUCGCUAACUUUACAAAUGUUGCAGCUACUUUCAAGGGUAUUGUAACUGCACUAACAGAAUUCCAAACUAAGAUCUUAGAACAUAAUAUAACCAUAUAUGUUCGUCGAGCUGGUCCCAAUUAUCAAGAAGGUCUAAGAAUCAUAAGAGAAGUAGGCAAAACUUUACGUAUACCAAUUUAUGUUUUUGGACCAGAAACUCACAUGACAGCAAUAGUGGGUUAUGCUCUUGGUAAAAAAGCUAUACCAAAAGAAACUGAACAAGAAUCAGUAACUGCUAAUUUCUUAUUACCAGGAGGGCAGGAUGCAAAUACUGUUAAUGCUAAACAAGAAGUAGUAGAUGGUUCCAAAGAUGGAGCAAUAAGUCCCUCAGUAGCUUCACCAACUCAAACAAAAUUUACAUCUGGAAUUACAUACAGUAAACCUUUAUUUAGUCAUAACACUAGAGCUAUUGUUUGGGGAAUGCAAACCAGAGCUGUGCAGAGUAUGCUUGAUUUUGAUUUUGUCUGUCAAAGACAUGAACCUUCUGUAGCUUGCCUUGUAUAUCCAUUCACUGGAGAUCAUAAGUUGAAAUUCUAUUGGGGACACAAGGAAGUAUUAAUUCCUGUUUACAAGAAAAUGGAAGAUGCUAUGUUAAAACAUCGUAAUGCAGAUGUCUUAGUCAACUUUGCUUCUUUAAGAUCAGCAUAUGAUAGUACUAUAGAAACAUUAAAUUAUCCUCAAAUUAGAACAAUUGCCAUAAUUGCUGAAGGUAUUCCGGAAAAUAUGACUAGAAAACUAAUUUUAUUAGCCAAUGAAAAAAAAGUUACAAUUAUUGGACCCGCUACUGUUGGAGGAUUGAAACCAGGAUGCUUUAAAAUAGGUAAUACUGGUGGUAUGAUGGAUAAUAUUUUACAUUCCAAACUGUACAGAGCUGGAAGUGUUGCUUAUGUUUCCCGAUCUGGUGGUAUGUCAAAUGAGUUAAAUAAUAUAAUUUCAAGAACAACUGAUGGUGUGUAUGAAGGUGUAGCUAUUGGCGGUGACCGUUAUCCUGGAACUACAUUUAUGGAUCAUAUCAUGAGGUAUCAAAAUGACCCUGAAAUUAAAAUGAUCGUUCUUUUGGGUGAAGUUGGUGGUGUUGAAGAAUAUGAAGUAUGUGAAGCUUUAAAACAAAAAAAGAUAACAAAACCUUUGGUUGCUUGGUGUAUUGGAACAUGUGCAAGUAUGUUUACAUCCGAGGUACAAUUUGGUCAUGCAGGAUCAUGUGCUAACUCAGAUCAAGAAACAGCAACAGCUAAAAAUUCAAAUCUAAAAGCAGCAGGUGCUUUUGUACCAACUUCAUUUGACUUUUUGGGUGAUAUAAUCAAUGAAGUUUAUACUAAAUUGGUAAAAGAAGGUUCCAUUGUGCCAAAACCAGAAGUACCCCCUCCAACUGUUCCCAUGGAUUACUCUUGGGCUCGAGAACUAGGGCUUAUUCGUAAACCAGCAUCAUUUAUGACUAGUAUUUGUGAUGAACGUGGUCAAGAACUUCUUUAUGCUGGCAUGCCUAUCAGUGAUGUGUUAAAAGCUAAUAUGGGCAUUGGUGGAGUAAUUUCUCUUCUUUGGUUCCAAAGAUCAUUACCUCCUUAUGUUUGUAAAUUCUUAGAAAUGUGCUUAUUGGUAACAGCUGAUCAUGGACCAGCAGUAUCAGGAGCACAUAACACUAUUGUGUGUGCACGUGCUGGUAAAGAUCUAGUCUCAUCUUUGGUUUCUGGUUUAUUAACAAUUGGAGACAGAUUUGGAGGUGCAUUGGAUGGUGCAGCUAAACAAUUUACUGAGGCAUAUGACUCAGGAUUAAUUCCUAUGGAAUUUGUUAAUCAAAUGCGAAAGAAGGGUCAACUUAUCAUGGGCAUUGGUCAUAGAGUAAAAUCUAUAAACAAUCCAGAUAUGAGAGUUCAAAUCAUCAAAGACUUUGUCUUAGAAAAUUUUCCAGCAACUCCACUUUUAAAUUAUGCACUAGAAGUUGAAAAAAUAACUACAUCUAAAAAGCCAAACCUCAUUUUGAAUGUUGACGGAUGUAUAGCAGUAGCAUUCUGUGAUCUUUUAAGAAAUAGUGGGAGUUUUACUCGUGAGGAAGCCCAAGAAUAUAUUGAAAUGGGCUCUAUCAACAGUUUAUUUGUACUCGGAAGAAGUAUUGGAUUUAUUGGACAUUAUAUGGACCAAAAAAGAUUAAAACAAGGACUUUACCGUCAUCCAUGGGAUGAUAUAUCAUAUGUUUUACCCGAACAAUACAACUAAUUUCAAAUUUCAUAAAAUGUAUUUAUUUUACUGGCCGACAAGUGAACAAAUCAUCUAUGCUGUAAACCAAUGAAUGUUUUGGAAACGCAACAAUUUAUAGUCAAAAAAAUUUAGCAUUUUCUCACGUUGGUUUCAAAUUUUUUAACAUGCAUUUUUUUAGAUAUCGCACUUAAUUAUUGUUAUUCUGUAUAUAUAUAAUAAUAAUUAUUUAAUUUUUGUAUAUCAGG